GAGAGCAAUGUAUAUUGACCAAACAUUUUCGUAAUUACUAAUACAGUUAAUAUCACGUUAUACAACGUUAUCUAACCGAAUUCUGUUGUGCAUUUUUAUAUUUUUUUCGUUUUUCACACACACACAAUUAAAUUGUAUAAUAUUCUGAUAUAAUGCAAAUUCUAAAGUUAACGCAUACAAUCAUUACGAUAUCUGGAUGUUUUCGACCGCAAUCGUGGACGUCUUCAUUUAAACGGACAGUUUAUUAUAUCUACAGAUUAUACGUAAUUUUUAUGUUGUAUACGUUUACAAUAUUGCAAAUUAUGGACAUUGUUCUGUACGUUGACAAUCCUGAUGACUUUACAAAUAAUCUGAAUAUGAUGUUGACCAUGUUAGCUUCAUGUUAUAAAAUAUUUAUCAUGUGUUUAAAUUAUGAAAAUAUAGUAGCGUUAAUUAAUUAUCUUACUGAAGAACCGUUUAAACCAUUAGAUUCGGGUGAGAUGAAAAUUCGGCAACAAUAUGACAAGAUAAUACGGAACAAUAUAUUACGAUAUACAAUCUUAGUUGCGACAACAUGCACAUUCGUCAUUUCGUCAUCGCUAUUCACUGACUUUAGUCACAAGAGACUAAAGUAUAGAGAAUGGGUACCAUAUGAUUAUUCAUCUUAUGUGAUAUUUUGUUUAACGUAUGCUCAACAAAUGUUAAGUGCAUGCCAUUGCGCUGUGGUAAACGUCGCAACAGAUAGUCUUAUGUGCGGAUUCUUAAUGCACAUAUGUUGUCAAAUUGAGAUCUUGGAAUAUCGCCUGAAGAAAAUUUCAAACAAUGAACUUACUGUGGGUUACUGCGUCCGGCAUCAUAAUCGAAUUUUUGAGUUUGCGCAUAUAGUGAAUGUAAAAUUUACAAAAAUAAUCGGGUUUCAGUUUGUGGCAAGUAUGAUGAUAUUUUGUUCAAAUUUGUAUCAACUGACUAAGUCAACUUUAAACUCAGAUCAUGUUCCACUAAUUGUGUAUACAAGCUGCAUGCUGACGCAGAUAUUUAUUUAUUGCUGGUUUGGAAACAAAGUCAAAUUGAAGAGUCUCGAAUUGACAGAUAGCAUUUUUCAACUGGAGUGGCCAAUCAUGGACAAUAAUGCCAAGAAGAGCUUGUUGAUAAUUAUGAAACGUGCAAUGAUACCCAUUGAAAUUUCUACUGUAUAUAUUCUGACCAUGAAUUUGGAUUCCUUUGUAGCGUUACUUAAAACAUCAUAUUCCGUUUAUAAUUUAUUAACACGUGUACAAGAGUAAUUCAAAUUGAAGGAUAAGUAAAGCAUGUUUUCAAUUAAGCUGCAUAUAAUAAUUAUAAAAGAAUUGUAAUAAGAUGAUUGUUAUUAAUACUUAAUGUUAAUUUUAUUCAUGUGCAAUGUUGUA